GAGGAUAAGAACAGCCAACGACCAAGAGAACGGUUGACUUGUACCAUGAUCAUGAUUAUCUUCUCCUUGUUCAUCGCGAGCGUAUUUGGACCCUCGGACACUAAGGGUAAGUAGCACACUACAAAGUAAGAUUGCUCCUUAAGUAUUUUAUGUUUAAAUGAAAGUUUCCUUCAUUGUCGUUUUUCUUUUUCUUUUUCUCUUUUUUUUGCUCACUAAAUCAGUGAAAAAUGAAAUCAUACUUUAUCUUCAAGAAACAACUUAAAGCGUUUUCGGCCCCAUUUCCUGUCAAAAAAGACAUAGGGAAAGAUAAGAUUGCAAUCCUUGGUCUGCAAUAUUCAGCAGUGUGCAAUUAUUUUAUACCCCACCAUUUGCUUAUUCUAAACAGUAGCAAGCCAAGAUAAACUUAGCCAGAUUAAUUUUUUCUAUGGUCUUACGUCAGCCAUGUCGGAGAUAGUGUUAGCAGUGAUACGUGACCAAGAGUUGACUUCAAAGUGGAAAAAUUUAUGCAUAUAAAACAAAUUCAGUUUAUACAUGACACUAAAACAUAUUAAGUGUUUGGAUUUGUAUCAGUGUCAAGGUUUCUUGCCCUUACCCUCGGGUGCAAGAGACUUUAUGGGAGGUAUCCGGUUUCGGAAAAGUCUUCUCGCCGCUUGUUCCUUCGGCCAACCCUGAAGUAUCUCCACCACACUAUAUCGUCGCACACGAGCAGAAAAGCUCACUACUAACCAAAGUAAUUUGUCCUCAAAGAAGUCAAACAGUAAUGCGGAAACUGUAGUUCUCUGACGUAUUUUUCUCAUUUGAAGGCUAGCGUCGUUAAUUCCAAACUUGGCCUGGUGGAGUAACUACCUAUUCACUUGAACUUGCACCUAAAUCUUGUGGGCCUUCUAUUUCAUUCUAAAAAAAAGGGUUUCAUUUUUUCGGUUUUGACCGCUGUGUAUUUGGACUUUAUAUACCUAAAAAUCUUUGAUGCCUCUAAUAAGUGACUACCUUAACAUCUUUUAAUUUGGUGCACGACUUAACAAUAACAGUAAUAGAAUAUUAUAGCACGGACAGGAGAGGAACUUGAUUUAUCAGUUUCGGAAAAGCAAUCACUAAACUCGGAUGGCGUUGUUUGAAAAAACUCGGUGAAGAGUACUUGGUAUAACUGGUUUGUCAGGUUAUAAUAAUUACCGUAUUUGGGCAUUAAAGCCAACCCUUGUGAUAAACACGUGCGUACUUUGUGUUCGGAAAAUUACAGGGUGGACGAUAAUUUCGGUUAGACAGUAAGUAUUGCCCAGUAUUAUAAAUAUUUCUUGAUUUUUUAAAAUAGUAAGUUUUUGACUUUCAAUUCUGAAUAGGGUGUGGCAUGCGUCCAUCCUUCUCUCGAGUGGUGAAUGGUCAGGACGCCAGCCCUCACUCCUGGCCGUGGCAAAUUUCUCUUCGUGUGCGCGGAAGGCACAUUUGUGGAGGAUCCCUGAUCAGAGAUGACUGGAUCGUAACAGCGGCACAUUGUGUAGACAGAAAUCCAGAUCCAAGCGCAUACACGGUUGUAGUGGGUAAGACAUUUGUCAUGUGGUACCACCAUUAACAAAAACAACCACAAAUUUAUGUUCGUUCACAAGGACUAAAAGCACGGUUCGGCUGAUUGUCAAGGUAUGCUACUGAAAUUAGUGUCUGCAUGUCAAGGGGGUCUUGCUCCCGUUUUCCCGCUCCUUUUUCACAAUUGUCUGGUAUCCCAAACUUUGGUCAUCGCUAUCCCGAAUAACGUUUUCUUGCCAAUUCCCGCGUGCCCAAAUUUCGGCGAGUCCCGCAAUCAAAUCUCGUAUCCCGUUAACGUUUCCUGAAUCCCGCAACGAAUUUUGGACAAAUCCCGGAUCCCGGGUGUUCCGUUCCAGACCCUGAUGCACGUCUAUUUAGAGCUUGUUAUGUUAGUUAGCUAAGAUAUAAGGGCAAACAUUUUUACAUUCACCACCUCGUUAUAGGUGGCCACAGGCGAACUGGAAGCACUUCUGUGCAACAAACACUUAGAGUGAUAACUCUUCAUAAACACAGUGGAUUCACCAUGGAGAAUCUCAAACAUGAUGUGGCAGUUCUUCAGUUGAAGCAACCGGUGAAACUGAGUGACAAAGUAAAUACAGUGUGUCUCCCAGAUCAGGAUGCAGAUCUAAACUCGAACUGUUACAUAACAGGUUUGUGGGAAUUUAACCUCAUAAAUUUAAAAUUCACCCAGUGGUGUGAUGUCGAACAAAAAUACGGAGAAAAAAAAUGAAGUUUCAAGACAAGGAAAGGAUGUGCUGACGUUAUGAAGUUGUUAGCGAAUGCAUCGUAAAUUUAGGAAUUCUCUGUUUGCUAUCUGACUUUAUUUCUUCUACGACUUUUCUCCUUCAAAAGAAAACCCUUUAGUCCGUUUCUUAUUUUAUGUAACAGUUAGCACUGACAAACUUACUUUAUAUAUGGAACAUCACAAUGAUCUUAGCCUGAGAAAACAACUGACAUUUCGUGACGCCCCCACUGCAGUUUCCCGCGAAAUGACACCUGAGGAACGACAGCAGAAAUUCCAUACUGAUGACGUGUCACUACCCAGAUUUGGAUAGUACUUCUGAUUGGUCGUGCCGCGACCUAUCGGAAGUACUAUUCAGAUCUGGUUAGUGACACGUCAUCAGUGUGGAAUUUCUGCGCUCGUCGAUCCUCAGACGUCAUUUCGCGGGAAAACAGUUAUGGCGUCACGAAAUGACAGUUGUUUUCUCAGGCUAAAACGAAUUAAAGCUAAAACAGUCACUUGGACGCUUCUGAUAUCCAAACAAUGCAGGCUGGGGUAGAACGUAUGGUGGAGGACCACUACCAGACAUUUUGCAGCAAGCAAGGCUUCCCCUCGUUUUGCACAGUGACUGUAAGAAAAAGUACGGAACAGUUGACCGCAGGGCUCAUUUGUGCGCCGGCGAGGGACGCACAGCUGCCUCAGGUGGAUGUAAUGGGGACAGUGGUGGACCACUUGUUUGCGAAAUGGGGGGCAAAUGGUACCUACAUGGAGCUGUUAGCUUCGGCAAACGGAACUGUCCGACUACCCACUAUACAGUCUUCGCAAGGAUCACAAGUUAUAAAGCAUGGAUAGAACAAAAAUUAGGUGAGUACAUUGGAGGUAGUUAUAUCAACUUUGAAAGUGAAGAAUGAUCAUCGCAGUAAAUUUUACAAUUUAAGCAUUUGGAAAGAAGAAGCCUGAAAAAAAAAAUCAGGACUUCAACGGGAUUCGAACGCUUGACCUCCGCGUUACCGGUGCGUUGCUCUACCAACUGAGCUAUGAAUCCACACAUUGGGAGCGAGGUCAAUUUAUUGAGUUCAUAUCUCCCGUGAGGUGUAAAACAAUGUGAAAUAUAUAUAAAAUAAUUCAACUUUAUUAAAAUGAGUAAUUAUUUAAUUUAUUAAUUUAUUCAUUUAUUGGCCUUCCCUUGGAGUCUCAAGGGUAAAAACCUGGGACAAAACUCUGUUCGGAUCGUAUGAUUGAUUAAAUUAAUAUAAUAAUUUCUUUCGUUACCUAAGCUACCUAGGCAGGAUGAAUUUACUUUGUAUCAAUGAAGGAAAAAGCAUGUCUGAUAGAGAAAAUUACACUGGUCUACUCGUUAGAACUAAAUGUACCUGAAAUUUAAAUCUGAACAAGAAAAGCUAGAUUUGGAUUGCCCUCAGGUUUUUCUUUUGUUUGUUUUGUUGUGGUGUUUUUUAAUUGUGAGAGCAAAUAAAAGUCAGAUGAUUUCAUACAUGACGGUUACAGAUAUCAGACCAAUUCAUCAUUGUCAGUCAAUCACUUGACUGACAAUGAGCAAUGAAGUCUGCGUCCUUAAAUGCGACUGAUUUGCAUUCUCCUCUCCUUUAAGCUUGGGCACUCGACUAAAGUGAAUAUGUGCGUUGCACUGCUAUUGAGUCUCGGUAUUUUUAUUACUCAAUGGCAAGUUAAUUAUUGCAAUCUUAAACUACGAAAACCUGACUACAACCAGACCAGACAGGUAGUACGGCUCCAAGCAAAUUUCCACAUACGGUUCUAAAAUUGACGCCCAUUUAGCUUAGCUGGAAGAGCACCGAUCUUCUGAGCAAGAGGUCAUGAGCUCAGGUUCCGGCUAACCUCCUUAUAGUGGUGGUCUUCCUGGACCUUUUUUCACCGUGGGUGAGAUCAUAUAGGCCAUAAUUUCUGUUCUUGUGUCAGUUCAGUUGAUCCCGUCAUUGAGCGGUGACGUUAAACCGUUGGUUUUGCUAUCCCCUUGAUCCUUCUUAUACAUCAGUUUUGAAGUGGACGUAAAGGAACCUAUAAUACUGCUUUCUGAACUGAGAGUGGGCAACGUAAACUCUAGUCCUGAGGGAGAAGAGGAGAGGGGAAAAGGUUAGAGGGUUUGCGAAAUUUGGAUCAUACUUUUGCGAUUACCCUGCCAACAAUGAACACAUCCCUUUAAGAUCUUACAAUAGUUAUUGUUCAGCCAAUUAUAACGUUCUUUUCAAUGGCUCAAACAGGAAGCGGAGGAAUAUCACCACCACCCCCCAAAACACCAGCACCACCCACUCCACCCCCGUUACCUCCAACAACCGUUUCUCCUCCUGGCGGUGAGUAGGGUUCAUACUUAGCUAAAAUUUGAUAAAUAUUUUACCUUCUCCGUCAAAUCACUACGACCAACAUAUUAGCGUCAAACCCUGUCUUCUCUCUUAAACAUAAUAUUACAGUUGAGUCGAUCAUUUCAGUAGCCACAAAAAUCUUAGCAACCUUAAGUUUCAACGGCCUUCGAAAACAAACCUUAUAUUGUUUUUAGCUCUAGGAGAAUUGUUUGGAUUAUUUCUCUAUUGUUUUGUCAAAUUUGUCACCAAGUAGGACACCUCGUUGUGACGGUUUCGUGGCGUCCUUUCUUAGUCUUCGACGUACAAGCCUCUCACCAAGGCGUCUUAAUUUAAGCAAUGAAAAAAAAAAACGCCCGCUCCUUACAAGCUCAGUCAUUGGUCUCUCGUAUUACCGGGAUCACCAUUUCGUUCGAAGCAAACACUCACUGUUACACUUUCAAAUGCUAUGCUAAUUUUAAUCGUUUUUUAUUUGUCUUCAUUGAUUGGUUGUAAUUUUAGUCUAUAUUUCUUAACUAUGUAUUUUUUUCUACAUCUGCAUUCUCAGCUUGUCAGGAUAAAUGGGAUGCAUGCUAUCACAAUCAGCACUACUGCUAUUUGAAUAGCAUAAAGCGCCUUUGUCCGAAAUCUUGUAGAGUCUGUAAGCAUCAUUUAGACAUUAACCCCUUUCCAUCAUUUUCUUCACAAGGAAAUACCAAGAACUGUAUUUCAAAUAGGCCCUUUGCAGCUGUCACGUGACCUCUCUCGUGCCAAAAUUAUAGGUUACUACUCAUCAAAACUAGACGAAAAAAGCGUAGCAAAAUGAUCAGGGUGGGUUGCCAUUAUUCUCGCCUAACAAUGCGAUGUUAGCUUCCAAACCAGAGAAAAUUUUCUUUCCUUUCUUAGAAACAAUUGAGCUUUCGAUUCGUUAGCUUUAGUGUCAUUCUUUUUCAAAGUUUGUGGAAGGUUACGCUUACUAACUAUGCAUCCUCUUUCAAGGUAGCCCCGCUAUUAGGACACUCAAAAGCAGGUGUAGCAAACUGAAAAUUGCUUUUCGUCUUUUUCCAGGCUAAAAAUGGAUGAGCAAAUCAAGAAAAUCUGUGUCUUCUAUGACACCAAAACUGGAUUUCCCUUAACGAAAGCUUGUAAAAUCAAGGGAAUAAAGCAUUAUUCAUUUAACCAAACUAAGGGAUAUAACUUGUCGUUUAUUCAUUUGUCGGACGCCGACUUAACGGUCGAUUAUUUAAAAUAUAAAAUAAGGGACUGUGCAAUAAUUAUCAGGAGGGGGGCUGAAAAACUAGGGUAAAAACUGAGGGAGGGGCAUUACAUAGAAUUGCUGCCAAGGUAGGGGGGGGCUCAAAAUAAAAUCACUCAUUUCACGGAGGGGGGGCCUUAAGUUUUAUUCGAAAUGUAAAUAAAAUUAAACGCAAUAAAAGAUUCUCAAUACAGGCAUCAUGAUAGACUGUAACAAAUAUCAACACGAACAGCUGUUAAACGAUUAUUGAAAAUAUUCCAUCAAAAUGAAAAGCAAAUUCACAACUGAUCAAUUUUAACCCGUCUUCUAAUUAAUUGAGCUGAUCCUAUGUAAAGCAAAAAUCAUGAACUUGUUUUUCAGCUUCCCCCAUAAAAUAAUAGGAAUCAAACAGAUCUCGUAGACAAGCUUUGUCGGUUUUUGAUGUGAAUAAAAGUAAUGUUUCUUCAUCGACUGAAUCGAUUUGCUGAAUUCCAUAUAUAUAUAGCUCAUAACAAAGUUCAACAGGCUCUCCUCCCAAGGAUCUAAAUAUAAUGCAAGCUCUUUUUCGUCUGUUAUUUGAAGCGUUUAAUCUCCUGUUCUUUGAUUUUUUUCUCUGCUCCUUUCUCUUUCUGGCUUCAGAAAUUUUAGAUUUUGAGCCAAUGUGGUAAGCACCCCGGUACUUAGCAAAUGCUUUGUCUAAAUCUUCAAUCUAGCGAUCAACAUCCUUCUCGAUAUUAGAUGUUACAUAAUAACGUUUGUCAUUAUUGAAGCUGUGAUGGCAGCUCAGUCCAGUUUUGAGUUUACCGGGUGGUGGUGGGGGGGCACGUUCUUUUUAACAUAACAUAGGGGGUUAGAACUAUUUUUUUUUGUUUUGGUGGGGGGGGGGUACUGUCUAAGUUUUUGCUAGAUAACCCUAGUUUUUAAGCCCCCCCUCCUGAUAAUUAUUGCACAGUCCCUAAGUCUUUGAACCACUCGUCUAUACAUUUUAAACGGCCAGACGAAAACGACGGACAAGCGUAAUAAAAGCAAGAAAAAAUAGUCACGCGGUCAUCUUUGCCAUUGGCCAUUUGCAUUGGGACUAAAUGAGUUGCUAUCCCUUUGGCCUGCACCACGGAUCGAGAGCUGUAGCUAUUUCCAGGUUAACGCGCAAAUGCAACAGCUUCCAUGUGGAUGGGUAGAGAUACCCGUUUCUAGAUAUUUAGAAGUGAUUUUGAGGGGGGUCUUAGGUCUUAGGUCUUUGUUUUCUACCCAUCCGCUUCUAGGUUAGCAACUGUUAUUGUUUCAAAUUUCUUGAGGCUGCGCAGAAAGGUGAAAGUCCGCUGUUUGAACGCAAUAUUCGUGGACUUACCGAUUGAGAACCAGUCAGAGCUUUGGAUCCGUAGCGCUAGCCAUUCAGAUCACCGCUCUGGGGAUGAGAAUCGCCUAAAAAGUUACUUAAGUGUAAGUUCCCUUUUGGUCUGCGACAUAUGGCGAUAGGUAUUAAGUCUAUUUGCGCUGCCACUUGUCUCGCAUUAGUGAAUUUGUUGAUUUACCUGUAACCAGGACGCCAGUGCUUCCGGUUUAUUUUUUGCAAAGGCGAGAGUUCCUUUGUUAUGUUCGUAAUACCGUCGCCGCGCUCCCAUUUUUCUUCUUUACACCUUAAUAAACGUUCCAUUUAAUCGCUGGGGAAAAUUGGAGGGAGUAGAAUUCAAAAUAAUGGUUACAAGCAAAAACAUUCGCACAACCGGACUGGAGAAAAGACCUGCAGUGGCAGUGCAGGGUAAGUAACCGGCGGGCGUUUACUGGCGAGGUUGGAUGCCAUACUCCUAGGGAUUUUCCCCAAAUUUCAUUUCAAGACACCUUUAAGGGCUUGUUUACAGCGAGGUGGGGGGCCCCAGGUAGAUGAGGUAACCCUCUUAGCUGGGGAAAUCCGCAUAUCUAAGUCCGAGUCGACCGUUUCGUAAUUUUCUGGCUGUUUAACCACGAAUUUUUCCCGAUAUAUCUGUAUAAACUGUGAAUUUUCACCCGCUUUCACAGCAUGCGUUGCUAGCUGGAUUUCUCGGGCGUGACAACUUCACUCUUAGUUUUUGUUUAGGCUAUAAAAGCCGGGAGAGGAAUAAGGACGAGUCAUGUUCGUUCCUCGCUAGCUAUGCACUGCGCAGCCAAAGGCGACAAGUCCACUCUGAUCUCGUCAGCUAAGUAAACUAAUGACUUAACCACCAUACAGCCAUACUGGUGUAUUGUAACUACAAUUCAAAAUGAAGACCAUAUCAACCCAAUCACGUUGGAGUUAAACUCUUUCUGAUCUAAACAAGUUCUGUUGUGCCAAUACAUUUGCCUAGCUGUUGUCAAGUGAGCUAAAAAGCUCUAAAUGCGCGUAUAUAUACUCAGGGGCCUGUCAUGUUGAUUUAAAAAGACUGUGGUUGACGAUAACUUACGUUUUGACAGCCUGCACGGUAGACACCCUUUUUAGCACUGGACUUCAGCACUGUCAAUCAAAUACUUUAAUAUUUUGUAAAUAUUAUACUUGCUAAAGCUCUCAGACUGGCUUUGGCAGGAUUUUCCUACUCAAUUACAGUGCAAUUUACAGACUGGUUAAAAUAAAUGCAGCUUUAGCCAACUUGGGCAGGUGUCACAGACCUUAAAGCUCUUCAAUUUGAUCGAAUAAUGGUAAAGUUAACUUGGAACCACCAUUAACAUGUUCUCCGUCUAUCUGCUACUUCCUUUUCUCGUGGCAUCUCAUGAUGUUAAAGGUAGGUAAUAAUUCAACGUGUGCUGUUCACCUCUCAGGCAAUGUCAUGUUUGAAAGUGUCAUGAUAAAUCAAGCUCCCUGUCGUACAAACAUCAUCCAAUCUAGGCUAAGUUCAGUAACACAUAAUUGAGUUUUUGGUCCCAUAGCAAGGUGUGGUAAGCGACCAUCAUCUGCCCGCGUGGUAAACGGUGAAAACGCCUCCCCGCAUUCAUGGCCGUGGCAGAUUUCGCUCCGCAAACAAGGCAAAUAUCACAUUUGUGGAGGGUCCUUGAUCCGACCCGACUGGGUGGUCACCGCUGCACAUUGCGUUUACAGAAAUACAGACCCAAGUGGAUACACGGUUGUAGCUGGUAAGAAUUCACAGUCUAGGUCUUUCUUUCUCAGGUGCUGACAUCUCAUAAUUAAAUUGGUCCUGUAGGGAAUUUUACGAGCUCACCUAGUCUCAUUCCGUCCCCGUUGAGAAGUUUGAAAUGUUCUGCCGGAAAGUAUGCUGUUCAAUAUAUAUGCCUAAGUGGCCAAACGUGAGGUCACGAUCGCUGGAUAUUGGCCAUCUUAAUGGACCGAGAGGAAGUGGAGGUCAAUAAAAAGAAGGAAGAAUGAGACCAAUAUUCAACGUGAGAUCUUGACCGAACGAGUCAAUAACAGGUUUAAUAUAUAGCCAAAAAGGGAUGUUACGAAAACGGGGAACGGGCCGGGAAGAAUGAAAAAUGGAAGGGCUAGAGGGCUAGAGUUUAAGUAAAGUUUUUGUCCUUCCCCGCUCCCCGUUUUAGUAACAUCCGCCCAGAAGGGACUUUUUUCUUGCGGGAUCAACGCAGGAAACACCAAGCGGGCAAGAAGAGCCGAGCCCAUUUUGCAAUCUAAGAUAGCCAAUCAGAACACACUAUUCGCUUCACUUGCACGCUCGCAUAUCAAGUCGGCCAUAUAAUAAUACCCAAGAGAUCAUAAUAGUAAUACCGUAUUAAUUUGGAAUGAAAUUAACUACGCAGAAUGUAAUCAUGCGCUGAUAAUACUCAUAGGUGCUUAUAGGAGAAAAGGAACUACCGAUGUACAGCAAACAUUUAAGUUAACAUCACUGCACAUACAUGAGGAUUUUAGCAUGAGGCGCUUAAAAAACGAUAUAGCUCUCCUUCAGUUGGAUCGCCCAGUGAAAUUGAGCGACAAGGUUUCCACAGUUUGUCUGCCCAACCAAGCGCCAGAUUUGAAAGCUAACUGUUAUAUAACAGGCAAGUGUCAUAAGUAAUAAAACAUUUUAAAGAUUACCAGAACUCAGCCACUUAUCAUUAAAGCUUGAUGUGCAGUCAGAGGAACCCGCAGUAAUCUAGAUCCGGAGAGAUAACCAACUACCCGGAAUCUGGAAAAUGUUCAGAGCUAAGCUAAGUCACUACGUUUGCGCUUUAGCUUCAUGCACCUGAGUACGUUUAGGGGGAAUAUACGAACUCUGCAUGCGGUCUAUCUGAAAAACUUUUAAGCAUCUCAAUUUAAUUAGCACCAAGUACCAGCUUCUUGCAGAAAUAUAUGUUAUCCCAUUUGUUCGUCGACAAGUCUUUGAACAAUCUCAGGGGAUGAUCGUGUAAAAUCUUUCUAAAAUCGCAAUCCUCAUAGUUCCUCGCGUCGGAUUCAUAGAUGGGGAAUGUACAAAUAAAGUUGAGAUAAGGGUGUUUGACGGUUAUGGGGGAACAUGCCCAAGAAAUGGAGUAGGGGUGAAAGCCCUCGCCUCCGACCAAUUUCGACUGGGUUUGAGUCCUAACGUGGUUAAGUUUUUUAUAGGGGUCCUCUCUUUUUCGGAUACUCCAUUUUUCCUUUCUCCGACAACCAACAUUCCAAAUUCCAAUUCAAUAUGGAAAUUAUCUCCAAGGGAUACUUGGAGAGCCUUAGUUGUAGUGAGUCUGCCAAAAUAAGGAUUAUUUUGAAUGAUGCUUUCAGGAAAACAUUUCUUUGAAUUAUAAAGACUGUCUGUUCCAAUCAUUUAGGCUGGGGCUUUGUUUCUGGUUGGGGCCCAUCAGCGGACAAACUUAAACAAGCCAAACUUCCGCUUCGAUCUAAUGAAGAUUGCAAGAAGAAAUACCAGAUUCUUUUUGACAGACAAGUUCACUUGUGUGCUGGAGAGGGUCGGAUAGGUGCGUCUGGAGGUUGCCGUGGUGAUAGUGGUGGUCCUUUUGUUUGUGAAAAGGGGGACACCUGGUAUCUGCAUGGAGCAGUGAGUUUUGGAAUGUCUCGUUGCACGACAGAGUACUAUACCGUGUUCACAAGAAUCACCAACUACGUGCAUUGGAUUCUCCGUAAAAUAGGUAUGUAGAGUUACUACUGUUUAUGGAGCACAGAAAACAUAAGAAUGCGUCUUAUUCUUUCACAAGAUUAUUGGUGAGAAAGAUGACCAUUUUUGUAUCGUCGACUGAGCUGCAAAGAAGGAGCUUUUAGCUGUGGACUUGAAUCACUUGUGUUUCUGCCGUGUGUUUGGUAAACUAAAAACGUAUCUGAGAUGAUUGGAGAUGGAUGUUUCUUCGUUCACUACACUGAACAACAAACCUGCAAACGUUUAAAGUAAUACUGGAAGAACGUGUCUCGCAAAACCUCGAUAAUCUCUAAGGGAAUGGGGCCACCUCAGUAAAGCCCUGUUAUGCGUUAUAUAUUAAAAGGUCCAGUAAGCUAAGGACAAUUUUUAUCUUCAUAUUACAUGAACUGGCAGCAUCAUUAUCAUCAUUAUAAUCAUCAUCAUCAAUGUUAUUACCAUUAUCAUCAUCAUCCUUCAACUGCUGUCAUGAUAGAUGUUGCACACUCUCUCCACAGGGUCCCAUUUCUCUUUAAUCCUGAGAAAAUUGUAUCGUGUUCGUCUUUGUUUGGUAUCUUAAUUUCUCAAAGCCAAUUUUCUUGCUGCCAUGACAGGUGAAGAUGGAACCGUAAACACACCACAGCCCCCAGAAACACCGAGACCACAUGGGACAUCCCCACCUGUUCGAACUACAGUGCUUCCACCGCCAACGGGUGAUCCAGGUAUGCUUAAGUAUUGGAUUUGGAUCUUUAUAUGACUAUCUCACCAGGUAUAUACAUUACCAUCCGCACCAUUUCAUGGGUUACAUUAGACAAUAGCAUCUAAAGGUGUACUUAAAGGGGGAACGAGCUCCAGUAAAAUUAUAUACAAUAUUGUCGUUAGUGUAAGAGUUUCUUUUAUAGCGAUGUUGCUCGUUUUACCAUCCGUUUAUCUUGUUACGCAAAACUUUUGUAGCAGAACUUUGCAGAAAGUAAAAAAGCCAUCUAAUUUGCGCAACAAACAAUGCAACCUAAAACAAAGAAAUAUUGUUGUGUGUCAGGUUGCUUGAAAUGUUGCAAAGCGAGUUUAAUUUUCUACCUACGAUACUGCACGUUAGUCACUUUCAAACUAUUUGCCAUGGCGGGAAUCUAUUAAAUGAUUUUUUGUGAGAAGUAAUUGAGUUGAAGAGAGGAAACUCUGUUGUACCGCAGCGUUGGCGUAUCGCAUGCGACUUAUCCGGCGUUUUAGACGGGUUUUAUAGCGAAGCCGCUCUGUUAUUGUAUGCAGGUUGCAAAGACAAGCAACCCAACUGUGCUGGUAACGGUUACUUCUGCAAGAUUUUGCCGAGCUUUAGAAAAGACUGCCCAAAGACUUGCAAAAUGUGUUAG